GUCAACAACACUAACAUUGAGAGAUUUACUCAUUCCCAAGAAUUACCCACGGAUUCAACACUUAACUCUCCAAAUAUAAAAGCAAACCUAAAACUCACUUUUCUUCCCACCGUCCCUUCCUUGACACGGUCCAAAAAACACCCCUUUACCUAAUUCCAAGACAAAAUCCUACCUUUUGAAUCAUCACCAUCACCAUCACCACCACCAAUCGACAUAUAAUGUCUUCUUCUGCGGCCACCAUCCCCGCCUCCGCCAAUGUUUAUUCCAGUAGUUUAGCCAACAAGGAUUCCAUGGAGGAUUUAGUUGCUUUAAAAAUCAGCCUCUUGGGUGAUUAUCAUAUUGGAAAGACAAGUUUUUUGACAAAGUAUGUAGGAAAGGAGAAAGGGGAAGAAGGUUUUUCAACAACAGGGUUAAACCAUAUGGACAAAACUCUCUGUGUUAGUGGCGCUAGAAUUUCCUAUAACAUUUGGGAAGUCGAAGGUGACGUUUCUCAUAUUCCAGUAGCUUGUAAAGACUCUGUAGCAAUGUUGUUUAUGUUUGAUCUCACAAGUCGUUGUACAUUAAAUAGUGUAAUUAGCUGGUAUCAACAAGCAAGAAAAUGGAAUCAAACGGCAAUUCCAGUUCUAAUAGGAACAAAGUUUGAUGAUUUUGCUCAAUUACCAUUACAUGUGCAAUGGACAAUCGCUUUGCAGGCAAGAGCAUAUGCUAAGGCACUAAAUGCAACUUUAUUCUUCUCAAGUUCAGCUUACAACAUAAAUGUUAACAAGAUCUUCAAGUUCAUCACAGCCAAAAUCUUCAACUUACCAUGGACAUUGGAACGUAACCUCACCAUUGGAGAACCCAUUAUAGACUACUAGACUACAAAUGACUCACAUAGACAAUCGAUCACUGGAUCUUGUUACUUUUACUACAACAAGCUAGUGAAAUUUCGGUUUUUCUUGAUUAUGACUCAUUAUGUAAAAUACACAAAUUUGUGGAA